UUUUAGUUAUUACUUAUUAAUUUUUAAUCUUGAAUUUAAGCGCUCAAUUUAGCCAUUAAAAUAUACAAACAGUAAUAAAAAUUUCUGUUGUUAAUUAAUAAUGAACUUCUCUUAAGUGUAAAACUAGUAGUACAUCAACUUAAGGAUAUGAUUUUGUAUGCUUUAAUUUUAAGAAGUCGGGAUCUCCUACCUCUGACGUCCACUACCAAUUACCACUGUAGUAAUGGCAAGAGUGCCAUUGACUUAAAAUUAAUUAACAAGAUUGUAAAGAAUGUUUUAAAGAAAAAUGAUAUACCCAAAAAUAAAUGUUUCCUUCGCAUCAACGACAAAACCUAUUACUUUUUACCAUGUUUAAAUAUAACUUGCAUGGCCAUGUGCAAUCCUUCAUAUCCUCAAGUCUUAGCCUACAGCUUCUUAGAAGAACUAGCUGGAGAAUUUACAAAAAAAUAUCAGCCUUUUAAAGUUGAACAAGCUUUAAGGCCCUAUCAUCUUAUUGAAUUUGAUACUACUAUACAUCCUAUUCAACAAAUGUAUAAUAAACCGCAACAACUGACAUCCAGAAUAAAUUUGGCUGAAAUUACUCGUGAUAUUACAUUAGAUCCACCUCAAGAAGUAUUUAUUGUUGAAGAAAAUUCUAUAAAUAAUACUUGUACACAAGUUAUUCCUCCGACUGUACGAGUUGGACCACUGCCUACUUUAGAACCUUUAUCUUUCAUUGAUAAAACAUCUUUAAUUUUUACAAUAUGUUUAAUUAUUCAUAGUAUUGUCAUAGUAAUAGAUACAUGGAGGAGUUGGACGGCUGAGGAUAAUGACUCACUGGAUACUGGUUGGCUUCACUUUUGUAGUAUUCUCUUCAGAUUAGCUCAAAUUUAUGUUCUUACACACAAGCAAAUGUAUAGAUGGAAAAUAGGGUGGACACUAUUCUUAAUAUUAUUAGGUAUAGAUUGGUUUCUGUAUUUCAAUGAUGAUAUAUGGCAGGUGAUUUUAGUAUAUGUCAUUACUACACUGACACAUACGUGUAUACUUAGACGGAAAAUUGCCGUUAAGUUGCCACAUUAUCAAAUUUAAACAUGAAUAAAAUAAUUUAAUACAUGAAAACUUUUUUUUAACGAUAUUUGAGCA